AUGAUAGUACGCACACCGAAGCUCCUUCGCCAGACUCUCGCAUUGCUCGCGACUACGGCUGUACACGACCCCUUUCCGACCACGGAGAUGCUGUCUUAUACGGCGACAGACGGCGACGCUCUCCUCGAUCAGCUUCCCCCUCUUGACCUCGUGUACGAGAUAUCUCGUUCGGGGUCGGGUCGUUCCUGCGCGGAUGUAUCUCGCCAACUACGCCGUCAUACUUUCCUCCAAGUCGGCCUCGCAUAUGACCGGCAGUGUCGCGGUGAGCAGAAUGAGCGGACAGUCGAGCUUACGCACCUCUCGGACGACGGCGAGCUUCGGUCUCCAAUCGCUCGAUAUGAACGUGAGAUGACACUCGUCGACGAAGAUCCUCCGUAG